CGUAGGUAGCUACCCUUUCUUAUUCCCUGCUCUCUCGGAAAAACCUCACUUUGUGCACGAACAUACUGCUGCAACGAUCGAGCCAUCGAGGAAGAGCUCAACAAUGGCGGAACCUAAGGCGGAACCUAAGCCGGAACCUAAGACUAAAUACGAUCGUCAGCUCAGGAUCUGGGGUGAACAAGGGCAGAGUGCACUUGAAAAAGCUAGUAUAUGUUUGCUUAAUUGUGGGCCCACUGGUUCUGAAACUCUCAAAAACCUUGUUCUUGGUGGCAUUGGAAGCAUCACUGUUGUUGAUGGAUCUAAAGUUGAAAAUGGAGACCUUGGAAAUAAUUUCAUGGUUAGUGAAUCAAAUCUUGGACAACCAAAGGCAAAAUGUGUGUGUGCUUUUCUUCAGGAACUUAAUGAUGCUGUUAAAGCUAAAUUCAUUGAAGAGCAUCCAGUCACUUUAAUUGAAACAAACCCUUCAUUCUUUUCCCAAUUUACUGUGGUUAUAGCUACACAGCUUGUAGAAGCUUCCAUGGUGAAACUGGAUCGAAUUUGUCGCGAUGGUAAUGUUAUGUUGAUAUUUGCACGUUCAUAUGGCCUCAGUGGCUUUGUUAGAAUCAGUGUAAAGGAACAUACAGUCAUCGAGUCAAAACCUGACCAUUUUCUUGAUGAUCUUCGCCUAAACAAUCCAUGGCCUGAACUUAAAAAAUUCACUGAGAGCAUAGACUUGGAUACAUCUGAUCCUGUAGCCCAUAAACACACACCAUACAUUUUAAUCCUUGUAAAAAUGGCAAAUGAUUGGGCUAAAACUCACAGUGGAAAGCUGCCAUCAACAAGAGAAGAGAAAAGGGAAUUCAAGGAACUAAUAAAAGCAAAAACAAUCGCACCUGAUGAAGAUAAUUAUAAAGAAGCUAUCGAGGCCUCUUUUAAAGUUUUUGCUCCUCAAGGAAUCAGUAGUUCAAAUUUGAAACGUAUACUCGAUGAUCCAUGCUCUGAAGUCGAUUCUUGUUCAUCAGAUUUUUGGGUCAUGGUUGCAGCAUUGAAGGAGUUUAUUGCUAAUGAAGGUGGUGGUGAGGCCCCUCUGGAGGGAUCAAUACCAGACAUGACAUCAUCUACUGAGAUAUAUAUAAACCUGCAAAAGCUGUAUCAAGCGAAAGCAGAAGCUGAUUUUAUUAUAGUUGCGCAACGUGUUAGAGAUAUUCUUAAAAAAAUCGGUAGAGAUCCAUUAAGCAUCUCAAAUGAUCUCAUAAAAAGCUUCUGUAAAAAUGCAAGAAAACUCACAGUAUGCAGAUAUAAGUCCAUUGAGGAAGAGUUCAAUUCACCAAUUCUACCAGAAAUGCAAAAGUAUCUCGCCGAUGAAGAGUACAGUGUUGCUGUGGGAUUUUAUAUUUUGCUUCGAGCUGUGGAUCGAUUUUCAGCGAAUUAUAAUGCUUUCCCUGGCCAGUUUGAUGGUGCGAUGGAUGAAGAGAUUUCUAGAUUAAAAACAACAGCAGUUAGCCUGUUAACUGACUUGGGGUGCAAUGGGUCUCCCUUGCCAGAAGACCUAAUCAACGAGAUGUGUCGAUAUGGGGCUGCUGAGCUACAUGCAGUUGCAGCGUAUAUCGGUGGGGUUGCAUCACAGGAAGUUAUCAAGCUUAUUACGAGGCAAUUUGUGCCAAUGAGUGGAACUUUUAUCUUCAAUGGGAUUGAUCAUAAGUCCCAGUUGUUGUCUUUAUGAUCUUAUAAUGGAUUUAUUUGUAAGGAGGGAGGUGAUAUGAUUUUUUUGGGUAUUGAAUCUUUUUUGAUAAUUAGAACAUGAAAGAAGAGGGUGGUGAUUAUUAAUUACUUAAUUAGAGGUUGUUUAUUAGACUUGAAACUUGAGAAAUUUGGUCCAAAGUCUUGCCAUG